AUGUAUUCGGUGGGUGUGUGGGAGGACAGAGCGCUGGAAAGAGAGACGUCAGCAGCACGCAGUUCAAGUGUGCCGUCUACGGGUCCGGACGAUGCGCGGCAACUCAAAAAUGCAAAGCAGGGCUGCUUGUCAAUAGCAAAAGGUGAAAGCCACAUUGGCCAAAACAUGCACUUGCAAUGCUUCAUCUCAGGUGACUGGCCCCAGCAUUCAUUCGCUGCAAGCAAGUCGCUGCCAGCGAUGCACUUCUUCGGCUCUGGCACCAAGGCAGCGCGGUCCGAAGCGGACACGCUCUGGUUCUCGUACUUGUACCAAACGUCCCAGUGGCGUCGAUGCCUCGCCCCACAGGCUGGCCAUGCCGGUCCAGCAUGGACGAAAGAGUACCGGCCCAGUACCGGCCAGCAAACGCUUGGGACGCUCGCCUGCUGGUAUCCUGCCAGUAUUACGCCACGCCACAGCCCGCGUGCAUGCUUCGUGGUGCAGAGCCUACAUGUCUCGAGAGACCCGGUCGUCCGCUGCCUGCGCUGA